AUGACGCCUCCCCUCGAUAUCCAUACGGUGACUUCAAGAACGGUCUCCCACAGCUGGGAUCCAAAUAAUUUGUCAACCUCCCCAACAGCCACUUUCAAUUCCCCCCCAUCCAGCUGGGGAGGGGCUUUAGCUCAUCGCGGCGCACCAAAACAGCUCAAGCCUUUCAAUACGCAGGACAUUAAAAUUUUGCUGUUAGAAAAUGUCAACACUACCGGUCAAGACAUUCUCCGAGGACAGGGCUACCAAGUCGAAGCGCUCAAAACUUCUCUACCUGAGGACCAACUGAUUGUCAAGAUUCGCGAUGUACACGUUAUCGGCAUCCGAUCCAAGACGAAAUUGAACCAGCGAGUACUGAAAGAGGCCAAAAAUCUUCUGGUCGUUGGCUGCUUCUGCAUCGGGACCAAUCAAGUCGAUCUUGAAUACGCUGCUCGCCACGGUAUUGCAGUCUUCAACUCACCCUUUGCCAACUCUCGUAGUGUUGCGGAGCUUGUGGUUGCGGAAAUCAUCGCCCUUGCACGUCAGCUGGGUGACCGCUCCUCUGAGAUGCACCGUGGAACAUGGAACAAGGUUAGUGCCAAGUGCUGGGAGAUUCGAGGCAAGACCCUAGGCAUCGUUGGAUACGGUCACAUUGGCUCACAGCUUUCGGUUCUCGCGGAGGCCAUGGGCAUGAAUGUGAUUUAUUACGAUGUCGUCACCCUCAUGGCUCUUGGUACUUGCCGCCAAGUUCCGACCCUAGAUAACCUACUAGAAGAAGCCGAUUUUGUCACUCUUCAUGUGCCGGAUCUCCCGGAGACUCGGGGUAUGAUCUCGACGACUCAAUUCGAACAGAUGAAGCACGGAUCCUAUCUCAUCAACGCCAGCAGAGGCACUGUUGUGGAUAUUCCGGCUCUGGUGAAAGCAAUGCGAUCUGGAAAGGUUGCUGGCGCUGCUCUUGAUGUGUAUCCUAACGAGCCGGAUGCUAAUGGUGAUUAUUUUACCAACAAUUUGAUUAAUUGGGUGGAAGAUCUCCGAUCCUUGAAUAACAUUAUUCUUACUCCUCAUAUUGGAGGUAGCACAGAGGAGGCACAGCGUGCAAUCGGAAUCGAAGUUGCGGAUGCACUCGUUCGUUACAUCAAUCAGGGUAUAACUCUCGGAAGUGUGAACUUGCCUGAGGCUCAACUAAGAUCUUUGACGUUGGAUGAACCGAAUCAUGCCAGAGUCAUUUACAUUCACCGCAACGUGCCUGGGGUGCUGCGCAAAGUCAACGAAAUUCUCGGCGGCCACAACGUUGAUAAGCAAAUCAGCGAUAGCAAAGGCGAUGUUGCAUACUUGAUGGCCGAUAUCAGUAAUGUGCGCUAUGAGGAGAUCAAAGAAUUUACCGAAAAUCUGGAAGCCCUGAGCUCAUGUAUUAUGACGCGGGUGUUGUACUAG